AAUCUGCGGGUAAUUACCCGAAUUUCGGGUAUUUUCAACUAGUGCGGGGAAAAUUGCGAGUAUUCUCUGGUUUCGGGUAAAAUGAGGGUAUUUUUGUACAAUGAGAAAUAACACUUUUGAUGAAGGGUAAAGUUUUUGCUGUAACCAUUGGAAAUAUGUGUUCCAGAUAAUAUUGUUCAACAUUAUAUAACCUAGAAUAUUUAUCAGUAUAUUUUAGCCCAGGAGGAAAUCAUUUAUGUAAUUAUAUCUAUGAUUGAACUUUUAACCUAAAAUUAUGCCUCAGUAAAUUAUCCUGAUAUCUGUGACUAUUAUUUAGACAUUGUUGUGGUGGUGUAUGGCUAUUGUUUUGCUGUGCGGGAAUUUGUUAUGAACUGUUAGGUUGCAUUCUAAACAUCAAUAUGCAUAUUGUCUGAACUAUAAAGUUUGAUUAUAAAUAACAAUAUGGAAAAGUGGCUAGGGCUACGUCAAAAUAGCGACCAAGAACCAAGUUGCAGCUCUCAGUCGGCAGAAAUAAGACUCCAUGAAUGCAAUCCAGACGCAAGUUUAGAUAUUAUAGCAGAAUCUGAAGAAAAACAAAGUCAUUGUGUUCUUAAAAACCCGAGAAAAAAGUUAAAAAUAAGUGGGAAAAUAAAAAGGACUAAUAAGUUUUGUGAUUCCUGGUUGCAAAUACCAGAACUCAAGUCCUGGUUACAAAAAUCCAACAAAACUAGCUUAGGCAAUGAGUUAGCGUACUGUACAGUAUGUAGAGUUGACAUAACUGCACACAAGAAUGAUAUCACUCGUCACAGUAAUUCGUCAAAACACCAGUUAAACUGGCAACAAGUAAGCACUUCACACAAACUGACGAGUUUAAAAUUUAUAACUUCAGACGAAGUUAAAAGAGCCGAAAUUAAAUUAGCUGGUUUGAUAGCUUCUAACAACCUACCAUUCUCAUUGGUUGAUACAUUAGUACCAUUAUGUGCAGAUAUUUUCCCUGACUCAAAGAUUGCAAAAAAUGUUACUUUGGGACGAACCAAAGCCACAGCAGUUGUGAAAGACGUUCUAGGUCCAGCUUUCCAAUCAAAAUUGCAUAAGCAUUUAGCUGAAGCUGGGACAUUUUUGUCAAUAAUUAUGGACGAAACCACUGACAUGAGUUCUGUGAAACAGUGCGCAUUUGCUGUAGUGUACUAUAAUAAUGAAACUCACAGUGUUGUAACAAGUUUCCUGGACAUGGUGAGUGUGACUUCUAGUGCAGCAACUGAUUUGUUUGAGUGCCUAAAAAAUUGCUUACAUCUGAAAAACAUUCCACUGUCAAAUAUUGUCGGCUUUUCUGCUGAUACAACAAAUGUGAUGGUUGGUGAACAUCAUUCUGUAUUUUCUUUGCUGAAAGAAAAUGUGCCAGGCAUUGUUUGCAUAAAAUGUUCAUGCCACAUGAUUCAUCUGGUUGCUUCAAAAGCUUGCUUAGUACUUCCUCGUUCAGUUGAAGAUUUGCUGAGAAAUCUUGAGUGGAUAGUGAGGAUAAGUAUAUCCGACUUUGGGAAGACGGAGGUAGUUGCUGUGUACUUACAGCCACAAAUUCUGGAAGAUUAG